UGACAUCGAAUCUGAUGCUUGCUACUUGGGGUGACGUCACCAGCAGACAGCGUCAGACCUGACACGUUGGUUUUCUUACAAGCCGGCGCAGACAAACUGAGCAAAAUGGGUGGUUGGUUCUCCAGUCUAUUUUCCAGCCUGUUCGGACAGCGUGAGAUGCGUAUCCUGAUCCUCGGACUGGACGGCGCCGGCAAAACCACCAUCUUGUACAGAUUACAAGUCGGGGAGGUUGUUACUACCAUUCCAACAAUCGGCUUCAAUGUAGAGACAGUUACAUACAAGAACCUAAAAUUCCAAGUCUGGGACCUGGGAGGACAGACAAGCAUUAGACCGUACUGGCGAUGUUACUAUUCCAACACUGAUGCCAUCAUCUACGUGGUAGACUCCUGUGACAAGGACAGGAUGGGCAUCUCCAAGUCUGAGCUGGUAGCCAUGUUGGAGGAGGAGGAGUUAAAGAAGGCCAUCCUACUGGUCUUUGCCAACAAACAGGACAUGGAGGGAGCAUUGACACCUACAGAGGUGGCGAACCAGUUGGGCCUGGCAGCCAUCAAGGACAGAAAAUGGCAGAUCUUCAAGACAUCAGCAAUCAAGGGGGAAGGGCUGGAGGAGGCUAUGGAAUGGUUGGUAGAAGCUCUGAAAGGUGCCAAGUGAUAUGACAGCCUUGGUUAUGGAAACCAUUUAUCAUGGCAGCAAGAGUUCCAGGACACUCCAACACUGUUAUCUAUUUCUUCAGAAUUAAUUACCAUGGCAAAAUACUUGUAACAUUAGGAUACUGUUGAUGCGUUAUGUCUGAUGAAGUAAAAGCCUUCAAUCAGGUGGUGCGCAAACUGCCGUACAUUAUUACUGGGGCCUCAUCAGUUUUAUACUGUAUUUUGAUACAUCAUCACAGACUAGAUGCUCAAGCUAGAAACAACCGACAGUUCUAACUUUUUAGCUUAUGUGCAUCUCCUAGAUGUAUAAUGUAGUUUGACAUUGUUGCAGUUGUGUAGUGGCAGUUACACAACUGCACC